AUGCAGACGACCAGUGAAGAGCAGACGACAUUAGUUGAUUAUUCUAACAUACUCGCCAACCAGCAGACGACAUCUAGCCAAGACAUUAGCAUACUCCAGUUGAUUGACAUAACCAGAUUCAGCAAAUACAGCAAGCUCCUUCGUGUUACGGCCUACGUACGACGAUUCGUAUACAAUUGUCGAACUACUCAACAUAGAAUGUUAGGUGUUCUGUCCACACAAGAACUACAAGAUGCUGAGCAAAUGUUAUUGCGAGAUUGCCAGGAAACCGCUUAUCCAGAUGAAGUUACCUACCUGAAGUCCCCUACGUCCCGCAUACCUCGUCCAACGCUUGUGAAUAAACUACAGUUGUUUCAAGACGGUAAUGGCCUACUUCGAUGUGGCGGGAGAAUCCAGAAUGCCCCUAAUGCUGAAUCAACGAAGUUUCCUUACUUAUUGCCUAAGAAACACCUACUUACCCGCUUAAUUGUACAGAACGCCCAUGAGAAAUACCUGCAUGCCGGAACGAACGCUACAGUAACCAACAUUCGUCAGAAGUAUUGGAUACCGGCCAUUAGACAGUGUGUGAACGCCAUAACCCGUAAGUGCGUGACAUGCAGACGAGUCACCGGGAGACCCUACAGUGCCCCUGAUCCACCACCGUUGCCAAAGAUACGAGUUGAAAAUGCACCUCCAUUCACAGUCACAGGUGUUGACUUUACCGGAGCCAUCCAAACUAAGAACAAUACAGGAACCAAAUCAAAGGCAUACAUAAUUAUGAUCUCUCAUCAAAUGAAGCAAUGA